GGUACCCGGAGGCCGCGGCGGGGCGAGCCGGCCACGUCGCGCGGGGGGCGAGCGGAUCCGGAGUUGAGCCGGGUGCACCCUCUCGGAGGGCGCAGGCUCCCAAGGAGACAGAGGACACGAGCUAGAAAGGAGCGCGGCGGGUGGCGCCACGGGAGAAAAAUAGGGGGCAAACCUGGAGGGGAGCCCGGCGAGGGGCCGGGACGCAAGGCCGGGGCUUGCGGGGAUCAGGGGUCAGAAAUGGGGGAAGCGGACAGCAGCGGGGGUUGUGUGCGGUCUCGUUAGUUGAUAAGAUCCAGAGGUGUUAAGUUUGAGUCGUGUAAGGGCUGGGCAGGGAGGAGGGGUCUGGGGAAGCCUAGGGGUGGGCGGAUGGUGGAGAGCUGGGCUGCGAUCCAGGGCCAGGUGAGGAGCCAGCAAGUCGCAGGUCACAGGAGAUGGCGAUGGGCAGGCAGGCUCAAGUGUGAGGCUGGUGUGAGGACGUGAGCAGGAUCCAGGUGGAGGUGCAGAAAGCCUGGUGGGGGCAGCAUCUCAGGUGUGAGGCCAACAUAGGGCACUAGUGGCCCUAGGCUGAGCGUGUCCGGGGGAGGGGACCCCCACAGUGAGACCCUAGGCCAGGUCAGGGCAGUGCCACCCCAUGAGGGAAACCCCUCCCUGGGGUCCCUGAAGCCAUGCUGUCCCGAAAGGGUAUCAUUCCUGAGGAGUAUGUGCUGACUCGCCUGGCAGAGGAUCCCACCGAGCCCCGGUACCGCGCCCGAGAGCGGAGGGCCCGCUUUGUGUCCAAGAAAGGCAACUGCAACGUGGCCCACAAGAACAUCCGGGAGCAGGGCCGCUUUCUGCAGGACGUGUUCACCACGCUGGUGGACCUCAAGUGGCCGCACACACUGCUUAUCUUCACCAUGUCUUUCCUGUGCAGCUGGCUGCUCUUCGCCAUGGUCUGGUGGCUCAUCGCCUUUGCCCACGGCGACCUGGCCCCUGGAGAGGGCACCGCAGUGCCCUGUGUCACCAGCAUCCACUCCUUUUCAUCUGCGUUCCUUUUCUCCAUCGAGGUCCAGGUAACCAUUGGUUUCGGUGGCCGCAUGGUGACAGAGGAGUGCCCGCUGGCCAUCUUGAUCCUCAUUGUGCAGAACAUUGUCGGGCUCAUGAUCAAUGCCAUCAUGCUGGGCUGCAUCUUCAUGAAGACCGCCCAGGCGCACCGGCGGGCAGAGACCCUCAUUUUCAGCAAGCACGCGGUCAUCGCUCUGCGCCAUGGGCGCCUCUGCUUCAUGCUGCGCGUGGGCGACCUCCGGAAGAGCAUGAUCAUUAGUGCCACCAUUCACAUGCAAGUGGUCCGAAAGACCACGAGCCCGGAGGGUGAGGUGGUGCCCCUCCACCAGGUGGACAUCCCCAUGGAGAAUGGCGUGGGUGGCAACAGUAUCUUCUUGGUGGCCCCGCUGAUCAUCUACCACGUUAUUGAUGCCAACAGCCCACUCUACGACCUGGGACCCAGCGACCUGCACCACCACCAGGACCUUGAGAUCAUCGUCAUCCUGGAAGGUGUGGUAGAAACCACGGGCAUUACCACCCAGGCCCGCACCUCCUACCUGGCUGAUGAAAUCCUGUGGGGCCAUCGCUUUGUCCCCAUUGUGGCAGAGGAGGACGGCCGCUACUCUGUAGACUAUUCCAAGUUUGGCAACACCAUUAAAGUGCCCACACCACUCUGCACAGCCCACCAGCUCGAUGAGGACCACAGCCUGCUCGAUGCCCUGACUCUCGCCUCAGCCCGUGGGCCUCUGCGCAAACGCAGCGUAGCUGUGGCCAAGGCCAGACCCAAAUUCAGCAUCUCUCCAGAGUCCCUGUCCUGAGUCAUGGUCCAUGGGAUCUCACCGUGAAUGUGUGCACUCAGGCAAUGUGUUGUGGUAUGUGGUGGUAUGUAGAGUGGGUGAGAUGGGGGCCCUCCAGCCAAGCAGGAGCCUGGAGUGAGGAUGGACCCUGCUCUGCUCAGCCUCCCCCUGCUGUGUGACCGGGGUGUUACAAGGCACUUGUCACUACGCUAUUUCUGGCCACAGCAGGAGUCUAUACUAGGAUAUUUUUGUCACUGCUCCUCCCAGCCCGAACUCAGGACUGGCUUACCUCUCUCUCCCUGCCCAAGGCUGGGGAGGCUGUGGGAAUGGCUGGGCCCUAAAGCUGGGUCUCCAGCUAGUCUUGCCCUCAUGAUUAGCCGGCUGCAAGCAGAAAGUGGCUGGGGGGGGGGGAAUACCCUUGGGUUGGGAACCUGCUACUCUGUUUCUGCACCCUUGAGAAAUAGCCAAGGCCAGGUCCCAGGCCUCCUUAGUCUCUGAAGAAAUGAUGGGCGAAGGGGUGGGCCUGACAGUCAGGGAACGGAGGACAGAGACUUGCAGCUGCAGUGCGCGCAUGGAUAGGCUGAGGCUGGCAGGGCUCCCGUCUGUGGGCUGGCUCAGGCCAGAGAAGGGAUACAAUGAGGCGGGGUAGGGGGUGGCGGCGCGUGACAUGAGGAGGCUGUGCUUAUCAUUGCCAAGGCUCUGAGAGGAGGAGGUGGACCCCGCUCCCCACGCUUCACCCCUAACACCAGGGUUCUGCAGAAAGGGUUCCAUGGGUGGGAGCUGUUGGUCCCAUUCAGUCCCCAGCCUGAGAGGCUGGAGUGGACUGGAAAGACCCUGACAAGCUGAGUAGAGAGAGACUGAGGUGGGGGCUCCUGGUCUACCCCACAGGAGGGGCCUCACCAUGAGCUUCUCUCCUGGCUCACCAAUGAUACAGCUGUGACUCGCGUUGGUGGCCCAGAUGAAGACUGGGGUGGAGGUGGGGAGGACCUCUUAGUUGCUGAGAAAGGGGGUGUUGGAAAGUUUAGGACACUGGGGUGGGUGAGUCCCCCCUAGAUGAAGAACUCCCUGGGUUGACCUGAGCCAGGACUCUCAGAGCAGUGCUGUGUCCUUACCCAGAAUUCUGCCUUCUCCACUGUCAAUAAAGCCUGCCCCUCCACAACCUCAA